CAGUGGUAGUCGAUCUGAGCAGUAGUUUUUGCAACGUUAUCCUUGGAAUAUGAGUAAACUAGUAGCUCUUUUCACGGUAAUAGUAACGCUGCUUUGUGUUGAGGUGCUGCACGGCCUGCCAUAUACUUAUUUUCAGUCUAGAAAACAUCAUGGAUUCAAGACUGAACCCCAGUUCACAGAAAAGUAUUUCAGUCAGACUCUGGACCACUUCAACUUCAACAGCAUGGGGAACGGGACAUUCAAUCAGCGUUACCUGAUCACAGAUAAGAACUGGGAGAAAGGCUAUGGUCCUAUUUUCUUCUACACUGGCAAUGAGGGAGACAUUUGGGAGUUUGCGUCCAACUCUGGCUUCAUCACAGAGUUGGCUGCUCAGCACAGAGCCUUGGUCAUAUUUGCUGAACAUAGGUACUAUGGUAGAUCCCUGCCGUUUGACAAAGACUCCUUCAACAUCCCUCAGAUCGGCCUGCUGACAGUGGAGCAAGUCCUCGCUGACUACGCUGUCAUGAUCACUGAGCUGAAACAGCAGCUGGCAGCCACACACUGUCCAGUCAUCGUAUUUGGUGGCAGUUAUGGUGGAAUGCUGUCGGCCUACAUGAGACUCAAGUAUCCAAACAUUGUGGCUGGAGCUCUGGCUGCCAGCGCCCCCGUCCUGUCCACUGCUGGGAUGGGAGACUCAAGACAGUUUUUCAGAGAUGUUACAGCUGAUUUUGAGAACGUUGCUCCUGAAUGCAGAGAUGCUGUGAGAGGAGCUUUCCAUCAGCUGAAAGAAUUAUCUGAAUUCCAAGAUUACAGUCGCAUCCAGUCUGAACUCUCCUUGUGUCAGCCUCCAUCGUCUGCUCAGGACAUCCACCAGCUCAAUGGCCUGCUGAGGAAUGCCUUCACUCUGAUGGCCAUGCUGGAUUACCCCUACAGCACUCACUUCAUGGGCAACAUGCCAGCCAAUCCUGUCAGGGUGGGCUGUGAAACCAUGCUGAGCGGAUCUGACCUGCUCGCCAACCUCAGGAACACUGCAGGGAUUGUGUACAACUCUACCGGGGUGCUGACCUGCUUCGACCUGUACAGUCUGUAUCUGGAGUGUGCUGAUCCCACCGGCUGUGGAUUGGGUUUGGACAGUCUGGCCUGGGACUAUCAGGCGUGCACAGAGAUUAAUCUGUGCUAUGACAGCAACAAUGUGACGGACAUGUUUCCUCCCAUGGCCUUCACUGAGACGGACAGACAGCUGUACUGCGGCAAACGCUGGGCUGUGGUUCCACGACCCCACUGGCUCAAAACCCAGUUCUGGGGAGACGCCCUCUCCACAGCAAGCAACAUUAUUUUCUCCAAUGGAGAUCUGGACCCAUGGGCAAACGGAGGGGUGCGCAAGUCCUUGAGCUCUUCAUUGAUAGCGGUCAACAUUUCCGGAGGAGCCCAUCAUCUGGAUCUCAGAGGACAUAAUGAUGCAGAUCCAGUGUCAGUGAUCAGUGCCAGAAAGACAGAAGCAGACCUCAUCGCACAGUGGGUGAAGAUGGAGCGGGCCAGAUUUCGGCAGUCACGUUAAAGUAGGAGUCUUCAACAGGGGGUCCACGGAGGUACUGCAGGGCGGCGACACACACCUACAGAGACAGAGUGGAGGAAAGGAGAGGGGUGAACUAGGAUCAG